ACCUUUACCGUACGGCCACGCGCCCUCGAUGAUCCCAAUGAGGAGACAAAGCAUUCGCUGCCAUUUUGUCAAAGGAGUGGACUGGUGCAGCUGGAAAUUAAUCGCUAUGAUACUGCUUAUGGUCUCGCUGUGCAUAACGGCAGCGCUGGCCUACGUAGUUGUUUCCAGCAUAGUGAACCGGUCGUACCAGGGUACGAAAGCGUGCGCGGUCCUGGUCGGCGAGAACUCGGACACGAAACCGCUGUCCUCGGACGGGAACAAGACGUCCACGUCGGCGACCGCGUCCUCGUCGCAGUCCGGCGGCCGGACACGGCAACAGGCGUCCUCUGGAGGUAGUAUCAGCCCAUCGGCUAGCAUGUCACAGCACGCGUACACCCGUAAACGUAGGGACACGUAUAACCAGCAUGCAUGGUUGUUGCACCAAACUGUCUCAUCCCUCGAACGCGAUGAACGACCAUCGUCGCCGGCCGCGACGAGCGCGGAUCCUCCCCUUGGUGGUGUGGUCACCGUGCAUGAAACGAAGCAUGCGGACGAUGAAAAAGUGUCACCCUCGUCUCCGUUGUCUCUGUCCUCCUCGACGGCUCUGUUCCCGGAGUCGUCGGAGUCGUUGCCUCGCGCCAAUGUCACUGACCCGCUCGAAUCUUCGACUGUCGCUAACAAUCGCACCACUGUCGCUGCAUCCGCCUCUGUUCAGCCUGUCGCUGGUGUCGACGCUUCCGUUUCACUCGAUGAUCGAGCUACGGCGAGUGAGACGACCGAUUUGGACGAUAUCGACUCGUUUACGAGAGGCUCGAUCGGCGAGUCUGGCAAGUUUGGCGACGCUCGUGUCGGAACUUUCGUCCCUGGGGCGUCUAGUUUGGAAACGUCCUCGGCGAGCGUUGAAUCGAUCACAAACGUGAGACGCGAUCCGGCUGCACGCGGCGCGGAUCAAGAUUUAGAGACGACUUUGCCCGCGAAUUUCGAACGCGCGUACUCUAGUAUCGACGGUGGGGUAUCGUCGGAGAACGACACGUACGCGGAUCACGCGAAUUUCCAACGUGACGAGUCUGACGUCGAAUCGCCGGAGAACGUUGAACGUUCUAGCGACACGAACUUGCCCGCGAAUUUUGUGCCUACCGACGCCAUAUCGCUAGGAAGCGUCGAACGUUCGAGCGGUUCGAUUUCGUCCGCAAGUACCGAAUCUUUCCCUGAAACGAAAUCGGUAGAAAGCAAUAGAGAGUCGACGAACGUAAGUACCGCAAGCACGUUGGCGAGCGUAGUGCCGGCGCAAAUAGUAGAGCACGUAGAUGUCGCUAGUUUGAUAUCUCCAAAGACCGACAGCCCGAGGAGAUCCGAGGAGGAAGACGGUAAGAAUCGAGAAGCGGAGAUUGCUCUGAACGAACCGACGGAUCGCAAGUACGCCGGUUUCUCCAACUUCUCGGACGUGGUGAAAGAGAUCCAAGAACUGUCCCGCGAGGAUGUUUCGUCCGAGUCGGAGACUCACCGGAAUUACACAAAUAGCUCGGAAAAAUCCGAGGAACUCCAACGAGACUACCCCGUUUAUAACUACGGACAGGACGAAGUGGAGAUCGUGAGACUAAGCCAGGAAGGAACAACGAGGAACAAAGAAGAACGAGAUCUUCCUUUGGAGAACGAGCUGAGGACCAACAACGUCCCUCGUAAGUCAAGCUUGGCGCGACAGUCGGGUGAUCUGAAAGUGAUAACCAGAGAGGAGAGCGACGAGGAGUUUCUGAGAAAGUUCGGCGACAUGUUCAACCACGAGAGAUCCUCGGAGUCCACGCAGGAGGAGAGCAAGCCUAACCUAGCCGAGUCGUCAUCGCACCCUUUAACGCAGCAGGUGAAAAUCAUCGAGGUGCCGGUUGAUCGUUCUCGCCAAUCGUCGUCGUCGUCGUCGUCGUCGUCGUCGUCGGGAUCAUCGCAGAAUCAUCGGGUGCUUGUGAACAUCACCAUAGCUUCCGGGGACUCGAAACCGCUUUACGUGCUUUCUGUGUCCGUGCCGACCGGUGGCGAGGAUACCGUUGAUAACAAGCGAGCGUCUAACGUGAACGUGGACGAGACACACGUGAAGGUGCACGACGACACACCAGCGGUGGACGAUGACGCUUCGAGCAUGGCGAAGAACUCUGCCGCCGCUGCUGCUGCACCCGAGGACAAUCGUUUGCCUCCGCCGCCUCAGCCACCGUCUUCGCCACCACCGCCGAUCUGGGCCGGUGGCGAGUGCGAGUGCUCCUGCCCGUGCAUGGGCUCGUCCUCUGACGAGUGGGACACGUUUUCAGCAAUGGACGAUUCCUCCCUACUCGGUUUCGAGGAUCUGGCGCACGGUUCGAACCUCUCGAUGGACGAGCAUCGAGAGACAACGGUGUCAGCGUCGUCUAAGGACGAGGCAGAGAGUCGCGCGGGCUCGAAGGAGGAGUCUAUGAGCACGAGCUAUGAGAGUACGACGACCGAGGAGAGUACCGUGGCUACUGUCGAGUACUGGACUAACUCGAGUUCUGAGGAUCAGACGAGUGGUGUAGGGUUGUCGUGUUCUGGGACAACGCCGUUACCCCCAGAACCCACUAUACUGAUCCUGGAAGGUGCAAGAACAUUCCCCGCCAGAUCGUUUCCGCCUGACGGCACCACAUUCGCCCAAGUGGGCCUAGGACAGAAGCUGAGCAAGGAAAUACCACCGUACAGCUACUGGAACAUGCAGUUUUACCAGUCGGAGGCGGCUUACGUGCGUUUCGAUUACAACAUCCCUCGCGGUGCCAGCAUCGGCGUCUACGCGAGAAGAAACGCUCUUCCCACGCACACGCAGUACGAUCUCCUGGAGGUGCUGAGUGGUUUCAAGGCCAGGACCACUCGGGCGUCCCAUGUUAGUGUUAUUCCAUCGAUCAAGAAGGAAGUGACGCACUACAUGGAGCCUGGUCAUUGGUUCCUUUCGUUGUACAACGACGACGGUGAUCCUCAGGAAGUCUCGUUCAUAGCUAUGAUCGCCGAAGACAUGACGCACAAUUGUCCAAACGGCUGUAGCGGGAAGGGUGAAUGUCUGCUGGGUCAUUGCCAAUGUAAUCCCGGUUUCGGUGGCGAAGAUUGCAGCGAGAGCGUGUGCCCUGUCCUCUGCAGUCAACGCGGCGAAUACAUAAACGGAGAGUGCCAAUGCAACCCCGGCUGGAAGGGCAAGGAGUGCUCCCUGAGACACGACGAAUGCGAAGUGCCUGAUUGCAACGGGCACGGACACUGCACGAACGGCAAGUGCAAUUGCGUACGCGGCUACAAAGGGAAGUAUUGCGAGGAAGUGGACUGUCCUCAUCCGACUUGUUCCGGCCAUGGUUUCUGCGCGGAGGGCACCUGUAUCUGUAAGAAGGGCUGGAAGGGCGCGGAUUGCAGCCAGAUGGACAAAGAGGCGUUACAGUGUCUGCCGGACUGCAGCGGCCACGGGAAUUUCGAUCUCGAGACGCAGACUUGUCUGUGCGAGCCCAUGUGGUCCGGGGACGAUUGCUCGAAAGAACUGUGCGACUUGGACUGCGGCCCCCACGGACACUGCGUGGACAAUGCUUGCGACUGUCUUCCAGGAUGGUCCGGCGAACUGUGCAAUUUGAAGCAGUGCGAUCCUCGAUGCAACGAACACGGCCAAUGUAAGAACGGCACCUGCCUGUGCGUGACCGGUUGGAAUGGAAAACACUGCACAAUGGAAGGUUGCCCGAAUUCCUGUUCCGGGCACGGACAGUGCAGAGUCAGUAACGAUGGCCAGUGGGAGUGCAGAUGUUACGAUGGCUGGGAUGGCAAGGAUUGCAACGUGCUCCUCGAGCAGAACUGUAGCGACGGAAGAGACAAUGACAAAGACGGUCUCAUCGAUUGCGCGGAUCCGGAAUGUUGCUCGAAUCAUAUAUGUCGUAGCAGCCAGCUUUGCGUGUCGGCACCGAAGCCGAUCGAUAUACUUCUGCGAAAGCAGCCGCCGGCCAUCACCGCCUCCUUCUUCGAGAGGAUGAAAUUUUUAAUCGACGAGGGCAGCCUUCAAAACUACGCUCGCCAGGAGACCUUCAACGAGAGUAUGUUUUGGAAUCACUUCAACACAAGCCGAUCGGCUGUUGUUCGUGGCCGCGUUGUCACGCAUCUUGGCACCGGUUUGAUGGGAGUGAGAGUCAGCACCAGCACACCCCUGGAAGGCUUCACGUUGACGAGAGACGACGGCUGGUUCGAUCUACUGGUGAACGGGGGUGGCGCGGUCACUCUACAAUUUGGAAGAUCGCCAUUUAAUCCGCAGAGCCACAUUGUUUUCGUGCCGUGGAACGAGGUGGUGAUAAUCGACAAGAUCGUCAUGAGCAUAGCGGAAGGGAAGCAACCGAACCACGUUCCACACGCGUGUGCGGCUCACGACUACGACCUGAUGAAACCAGUGGUUCUGGCAACGUGGAAACACGGCUUCCAAGGAGCUUGCCCGGACAAGAGCGCCAUCCUAGCCGAGUCCCAAGUGAUCCAAGAAAGCCUGCAGAUUCCCGGCACAGGGCUGAAUCUCGUCUACCACAGCUCCAGGGCAGCUGGAUACCUGUCCACCAUACAGCUGCAAUUAACGCCAGAAGUUAUACCACCGACCUUAAACCUGAUCCACCUGAGGAUCACCAUAGAGGGCAUCCUGUUCGAGAAAACGUUUGAAGCGGAUCCAGUGAUAAAGUUCACUUACGCUUGGAACCGGCUGAACGUGUACAGACAACGCGUUUACGGCGUGACCACGGCUAUGGUGAAAGUUGGAUACGAGUACAACGAUUGCAAAGACAUCAUCUGGGAUGUUCAGACGACGAAGCUCAGUGGACAUGAUAUGUCCAUCUCCGAGGUCGGAGGCUGGAACUUGGACGUUCAUCAUAGAUACAAUUUCCACGAGGGGAUCCUUCAGAAAGGGGACGGUUCAAAUAUUUACCUGAAGCAGAAGCCUAGGGUGAUUCUAACCACCAUGGGUGACGGGCAUCAGAGACCUCUGGAUUGCUACGAUUGCGAUGGACAGGCUUCUAAACAGAGGCUCCUCGCACCGGUGGCUCUUGCCACUGGCCCUGAUGGAUCUAUCUUCGUUGGGGACUUCAAUUUGGUUAGGAAGAUUCUUGUGGAUGGGACUGUUAGGACCGUUGUUCGGCUCAACGCGACAAGGGUAUCCUACCGCUACCACAUAGCUCUCAGCCCUCUGGACGGUUCUCUCUACAUCUCUGACCCAGAAUCGCACCAAAUCAUCCGUGUGCGAGACACGAACGACUACUCCGACCCAGAUCACAAUUGGGAGACGGUGGUCGGCUCGGGAGAACGUUGUCUUCCUGGCGACGAGGCUCAUUGCGGCGAUGGUGCGCUGGCUAGAGACGCGAAACUUGCCUAUCCAAAGGGAGUGGCUGUCUCAGCGGACAACGUGCUCUAUUUCGCCGAUGGGACCAACAUCAGAAUGGUCGACAGAGAUGGGAUAAUCACCACAGUGAUUGGAAACCACAUGCACAAGUCGCACUGGAAGCCAAUUCCUUGUGAAGGAACACUGAACGUCGAAGAGGUCCAUCUCCGUUGGCCGACAGAGUUAGCUAUCAAUCCUCUGGACAAUUCGCUGCACAUGAUAGACGAUCACAUGGUUCUUCAAUUGGCUCCUGAUGGUCGUGUCAAGGUGGUUGCCGGACGUCCUCUUCAUUGUGCUUCACCUUCUUCCUCCUUCGACACCGAACUGGCCACGCACGCGACGUUGGUAAUGCCACAGAGCAUAGCGUUCGGCCCCUCAGGAAACUUGUACAUAGCAGAGAGUGACUCUCAGAGGAUCAAUCGCGUGAGAGUGAUCGGCACCGAUGGUAAAAUUUCGCCGUACGCCGGUGCAGAGUCCAAGUGCAACUGUCUGGAACGUGGUUGCGAUUGUUUCGAGGCUGACCACUAUCUGGCUUCCACUUCCAAGUUCAACACCAUAUCCGCGGUGGCUGUGUCUCCGGAUGGGGUGGUUCACAUAGGCGAUCAAGCGAACUACAGAAUCAGAUCCGUGAUGGCGAGCAUCCCCGAUGCCAGCGGGGCUAGAGAGUACGAGAUUUACUCGCCAGACACUCAAGAAAUUUAUGUGUUCAAUAGAUUCGGCCAACACGUGGCUACCAAGAACAUACUCACCGGUGAGAUCGUUUAUCAGUUCACUUACAACGUGAACACCAGCAAUGGGAAGCUCAGUACUGUCACGGACGCAGCUGGGAAUAAAGUGUUUCUACUCAGGGACUACAGCAGCCAAGUGAACUCCAUUGAGAACACCAAGGGGCAGAAAUGCAGGCUCAGGAUGUCCAGGAUGAAGAUGUUGCACGAGCUGAGCACUCCGGACAAUUACAACGUGACCUUUGACUACCAUGGGCCCACUGGUUUAUUGAAGACCAAAUUGGACAGUACGGGAAGGAGCUACGUCUACAAUUACGACGAAUUUGGUCGGCUGACAACUGCAGUCACUCCGACAGGCAAGGUGAUCAGUCUGACGUUCGAUCUGAGUCUAAAAGGGGCUGUGGUGAAGAUCGGGCAGAACAACAGGAAGCCAAUCUCGAUGCUGAUCAAGGGAUCGUCCGUGGUUACGAAGAUCGGAGAAGCUGAACAAAGAACGACGGUUCUUCCCGAUGGAUCCGUGGGUCAGGUCACGCCGUGGGCUCAUACGGUCAGCACAGACACUUUGCCAUAUUCCGUAUUAGCCGAGAUAGAACCUCUGCUAGGCGAGAGCUAUCCGGUGCCUGCCAAACAGAGGACAGAGAUCGCUGGAGAUUUGGCGAACAGAUUCGAGUGGCGAUACUUCCUCAGGAAGCUUCAAGGGAAUAAGAAUAGAGGCAACUCGAAGUCGGUGGCUCAAGUUGGCAGGAAGCUUCGUGUCAACGGGGACAUACUGUUGUCUCUGGAAUAUGACAGAGAGACCAACAGCGUGGCUGUGUUCAUGGACGACGUGGAGCUUCUGAAUGUAACGUACGACAGAACUGCGAGACCAGUUAAAUGGGGACCCAGAAAUGGAAUCUUCUCUGGCGUGGAGCUGGAGUACGAUAGGUUUAGCAGACUGACCAGCUGGACCUGGGGAGACAUCAGCGAGACCUACGGCUUCGACAGAGCCGGGAGAUUGUACGAAAUUAAGUACAGUGACGGAACGUCGAUGGUGUAUGCAUUUAAAGACAUGUUCAGUAGUCUUCCAUUGAAAGUGACCACACCGAGAGGAAGUGAUUAUCUGUUGCAAUACGACGAAGCUGGAGCGCUGCAAUCGCUCACCACACCCAGGGGACAUAUCCAUGCGUUCUCACUGCAAACCUCCCUUGGAUUCUAUAAAUACCAAUACUACUCACCGAUGAACAGGCAUCCUUACGAAAUUUUGUAUAACGACGAUGGACAGAUCUUGGCCAAAGUGUAUCCCCAUCAGAGCGGCAAGGUUGCUUACGUUUACGAUCAUACUGGGAAACUGGAGACUACUCUUGCUGGAUUAUCCUCGAUUCAUUACACUUACCAAGAAACCACCAGCCUGGUACACAGCAUCGACAUCAACGAGCCCAACUUUGAGAUGCGCAUAGAGUACAAGUACCACGCAGGAAUAGUCAAAGACGAGAAGAUCAAGUUCGGUAGCAAGAGCGGUUUGGACAAUGCUCGUUACCGUUACCAAUACGACGGCAACGCCAGGAUAUCCGGCAUCGAGGUCGACAUCAACGGCAAACAGCUUCCACAGUUACGGCUGAAGUACAAUCAAAAUCUUGGAAUACUGGAAGGCGUGGGAGAUCUGAGAAUAUACAGGAACCUGUUCAAUAGAUCUGUGAUGCAGGAUAGUAGCAAACAGUUCUUCACCGUCACUGACUACGACGAGCACGGUCGAGUGAAGACGGUUCUGAUGAACAUCCGAUCGCUGGACGUGUUUAGAAUGGAGCUGGAGUACGAUAACAGAAAUCGCAUAAAAAUGAGGAAACUGUCAAUUGGAAAGGACGCCAUGGAGAAGAAAGAGUGGACCAAGAUGGAGAAGAUCACCUAUAACGCUGAUGGACACGUGCUGGAAGUUGCCGAUACGGAGAACAAUUGGCAGUAUGCUUAUGACGAGAACGGUAAUGUGAUCGGGGUCACCGAGCACAACGAGAAGAUCGCGUUGGGUUACGACAGUGGUGACCGGGUUGUCCAAUACGGCGACGUGGAAUUUAACUCGUACGAUGGACGAGGAUUCGUUGUUAUUCGGGGAGAGCACAAGUACAGAUACAAUUCACGCGGUCAGCUGAUCCACGCCUCGGAGCACAAGAAGUUCCAGAUCUGGUACUUCUACGACGACCGUGGCCGAUUGGUAGCCUGGAACGACGACCGCGAGAACAUCACGCAAUUCUUCUACGCCAAUCCGAAAACGCCAGACCUCAUUACGCACAUCCACUUCCCCAAGUCCUCGAAAACCUUCCGUUUCCUCUACGACUCGCGCAAUUUCCUCAUGACGGUGGAAACGUCAGAGCAGAGAUUCUACGUGGCGACAGACCAGAACGGAUCUCCCCUGGCGCUGUUCGACACCAACGGAAACCUGAUAAAGGAAAUGAGGCGCACGCCGUUCGGAAAGAUCAUCAAAGACACGAAUCCAGACUUCUAUCUGCCUAUAGACUUCCACGGUGGCCUCCUGGAUCCAAACACCAAGCUGGUCUAUCUAAAUAAAAGACUGUACGAUCCAACUGUUGGACAGUGGAUGACACCCGCUUGGGAACAAAUGGCCAACGAGCUCACCACACCGACGGACAUCUUCAUCUAUCGCUUCCGCAACAACGACCCUGUCAAUUUCAAACAGAACGUCGAGUACAUGACCGACCUGGCCAGUUGGUUGAAGCUGUACGGUUACGAUAUCUCCGCGAUGCUCGGCUCCGAGUACAUGAAGAAAAUGGUGUACCAGCCCAGUGCCACCAUCACGUCCCCUCAACUGACCCCAGACUUCGGCGUCAUGUCUGGACUGCAGUGCAUCGUGAACAGGGUGCACGAGAAAUUCUCGGAUCUAGGCUUCGUUCCAAAGCCGCUGCUCAAAUUGGAGCCAAAGACGAGGAACCUGCUUCCUCGAGUGGCCCAUCGUCGAGCCGUCUUUGGGGAAGGGAUCCUAGUGUCGCGAGUCGGCGGAAGGGCGUUGGUCAGUGUGGUGGACGGCGUGAACAGCGUGGUCCAGGACGUGGUGACGUCUGUGUUCAAUAACUCUUACUUCCUACCUCUGCACUUCAGCGUCCACGACCAGGACGUGUUCUACUUCGUGAAGGACAACGCGCUGAAGAUCCGCGACGACAUGGAGGAGCUUCGUCGCCUCGGUGGAAUGUUCAACGUGUCGACCCACGAGACGACCGAGCACGGCGCGGGUACCUGGAAGGAAUUGAGGCUGCACAAUCCGGACGCGGCGGUGGUCAUCAAGUACGGGGCUGACCCGGAGCAAGAGAGGCACAGAAUAUUGAAACACGCCCACAAGAGAGCAGUGGAGAGAGCCUGGGAGAUAGAGAAGCAGUUGGUGAUGGCUGGUUUCCAAGGUAGGGGCGACUGGUCCAAAGAGGAGAAGGACGAGCUGAUCAGCAGGGGCACAGUGAGCGGCUACGAAGGCGUGGACAUUCACAGUGUUCAUAGAUACCCGCAGUUAGCCGACGACCCGGGCAACGUGGCGUUCACGCGUGACACGAAGAGGAAACGAAGAAAGAGCGGCAACAGGCGUAACAGGAUCCACAGGCACGACUCGUGAUUCGAGGAUGUGACGCGCGAUCGUGACGCCGUUUGGGACUUGAUUCACGCGCCCACGUGAAUCGCGGACAAAGAACGAAAGAGAAACAGAACAAAAAACGUACCGAAAGAACACUGAAGAGAGACAAGACUAACGUUCGUUCCAUCGAGCCUCGUGUGUUCGAAGGCUCGUCGUAUAUACAUACGUGCCCGUCUAUCCUCUAAAUCAUCCUUCCCCUCCCCCGAUCGUUCUCUCUGUCCUCUUCUCGUCCGCACUCGUGGAUGAAAGAAACAAAGAAAAAACAAAAAAAGAAAAAACAAAAAAAAAUGGGCCUGAACGAAGAGAUCUUCUCGAUCAGUGACGCUGUGUGCUGUCUUUCGUUUCGUGUGUAGCAAAAACCCCGCUCGGUGUGCCAUAAUAGCGUCGCUUGUGAUUCAAUCGUGUUCGUAAUCGUUUAUUUUCGUCGGCAGCGCGAUCCGAAGAUGUCCGGAGAGAAACCAUCGUGUAACUUGGUGUCCAGAGAUUCAGCUAGUCACUGAAAAGAAAGAAAAGAAAGAAAGAAAGAAAGAAAGAAGGCUUGGUCACCGACUGGUGAUCAAGUAAUUGGUAAUCAAAGAGACUUUGAAGCUAUGGUGCGUGAACUUAAGGUGCCGUCCGUGAUGAUGAGAGGGAGAGAUGGAGGACGAGUGCGUACACAGAGGGAAGAGGGUACAAUCUCGUGCUCGUUCAGAGUGAUCGAUCGAUCCGGAGCUUGGCGUAUCGAUGCAACACAGGGUCUAACGAGACGUGCACGUUCGAGGAGGCGUUUUCGUUCUCUUAGAAGGGAUUAUAUUUAUGCAAAAGAGACGACGAUACCUUCUUCUUCGCGACCUAUAGAUCGAUUCUGCGAACGAACGAAAAAGGCGAAAGAAA